AUGAUUGGUCGUGAAUUCACAAUGCUCGGAACAUUGACAUAUUUCAUUCCAAUGUGUGUCAGUGUUCUCAUGACCUCGAAUCGAUUUUUUAUCUUGAUUCGCCCAACGGAUCAACGCGUUUUCGGUCAAAAACGCAUCUUUUUCUAUAGCUUUUUGAUUCUGAUUCUCUGCUUCACCCUGCUCCUAAUCCCUCGCCUCUCUUACUGCCCUGUCAACUUCUUUGCCUCCACACUAGUCUUCCUAACUGCCUGUGCUCCUGAAAGACAUCCCGUCACAAAAUUCACCAAUAUCAAUGCCAUUUGGGUCCCAACAACUCUUUUGUUCAUUAACGUCAUCAUGAUGCUUUAUUUAAAGUCUAUCCGUUACGACAUCUUCUCGAGAAUCCGUCAAAAGUCUUCUGUAAUUUCAAUGUCCUGUUCUAAUUCCUUAGCACAGAGCCAAAUCCGAAGAGAGCACAUGUUGAUGAGACAGACAGUGGCCAUCACAGUUGGUCUCUCUUUCUAUGAAGUCGGCAGCCUCCUCAUGCGCACGUUUCCGGUGGGUUCUUGUUUGAUUUCGGUGGGCAGACUACAAACUUACAACAGUCUGCCCCAGGAAGUUCGAGACUUAACAUUCUACUUUCGUUUGGAAACAAUUUGUGCUAUCAACUUUAUCGUUUACUAUUUGGGAAGUCCAUCGACUCGGAAGAUGUUAAAAAAGUAUUUUCGCUCCGGAGAAUUGAGAAAGGAUCUUAGUACGCGGAAAAUUUCGAGCACUUUUCAAAUGUCUCGGAUUGAGGGUUAA